CGAGGGCUACGGCGGUUUGAACGCAGGGCCUUCUCCGUAUAUGCUUUCGCGCUGCGCCACUACGGAUGGUUUGUAAAUGGAGUCUAAGACAUUUUCCGUCUUACGGAUUUCACGAAGAAACUGGAUUUUAUAAACUGAGUCGCCAUUUCAAGUCGGCAGAAUGCCGGAUAAGGACACGGAUUUGCCUAGAAAUAUAGGGACAUUAUAGCCAAUGAGACCGGCUCAUUCGGAAUUACCCGAUCGGACUGUUUCUUUGAUCAACUUUGGUCAUUGUGGAUGAUGGAUGGCCGAGACUUCGGACCUCCCAGAUCUGUUCACGUCCCGCCGUCACUGCUCUCGGGGUUGGCCAUGGAGUCACACCGACUCGGCGCGGCCGCUGCAGCCGGUAGAAUACCACCGUCUCCCGGUCACCUGGGCGCGGGGCACCCGGCGGCUCUACACACUGGAAAAUAUCUGUCGUCGGCCAUGAACAUACAUUCUCACCACAGUGAUUCAUUCCCAGGUGCCUCAAGCCCAUUUCUUAGCGGAUAUGCCUCCAGCGCUCAUGGGGGGCCUAACCCUCUGUCCUCAGAUCCAGCCUACCGAACCCCCAACCCAGCCAGCCUACAAAUGGCCCAGCUCUGGGCAUCUCACCCUCAUGAAGGUUUCUCUCACUUGCCAAGCAGUCUGUACCCCAGCCCUUACAUUCCCUUGGGCCACCUUGAGCAUUCACAACUCGGCCAACAUGCACUCUUUGACUCCCAAAAAGAGGGGUUUUACCUGCCAGGUUCAGUGCACUCUCAGUCUGCAAUGGCAAGGAGCCCAGUGGCUCACAUGCCUGGCUCCCUCUCCAGGGAAAAGGAGGCCCUACCUCCUCACAAAAGCUCUAAAGACUCUAGCAGAGAUCUGGGAAAAGAGAAGCCCUGUAAAAAUGACAUGGGCCACUCCCUCCAUAGGAGGGAACGAGAGUGGCCAAAAGAGGAGUCGCGCCCCCACAGUGUGGUGGACCUCACCCAGGACGUCAAGGCAGAAGAUGAGCGCAGAACAGGCAACUCAGAGAGACCUGCGAAGACUGCAGAGCACACUCGGCCUUUCUUUCACCAGCACUCUCCUGCUCUGAGCACCACGGACACUAAACCCAAACAGACUCACCUGAACUUAUACAGUAACUGUGGGACCAGCAGCAGCAUGCCAGUCCGACAUAGUACUGAACAGGAGAGGAGGGACAGAGACCGGGAUGAUGAAAACAGCCGACCAGGAGGCCAUGUUUCCACAGACAAGCAGAAAAGAUGUGAUUCAGUAGCUACAUCAGUUGGCACACUUCAUGUGUCGUAUGCCAGUCCCUCUUCCCUGCAGCCCAACCCAUCCCAUCUCCCAUCUAGGCUGGUGUCCUCUGGCACCUACCCUCCCCCUCACCACAUGCCACCUAGCAUGUGCCCACUCUACUCUACAGCUAAAGAGCCAGGCAGAGAACACAGAGUGAUAGCUCCUACUUAUGUGCCUUCUGUCGAGGUUUACGAUGAACAAAAAGGGCCAAUUCAAAUUGCCUCCCAAGCUCGAGAUAAUAAAAAUGACAAAAGCAGAGAGAGGGACUCACACAGAUCAUCCCUGCAGGUGGGCAAUGAGAGAACACAUAUGGACCAUAGUCGGCCCUCUGUUAGAAGUCAGUCGCCCGCUCACGGGGACAUCAAGAGGGAUGUUUUACGAGAGGAAGGUUCGGUAAUUAGGUCAAAUGGUUUGGCCUUGAAGAAGCCUCUCUAUUUAGAAGCAUCCACUAAUAAAUCUGGAAAUGGCCCAGAUGCCAGGAACUUAACUAACACUACAUCAAAACACACGAUCAAAUCGGGACUUGAGGCUGAAUCCCGUUGCCAAGAGCGAGACCGGUUACAAACGUCUGCCCAUUCUGGAAUGGAUCCAGGCACACUUCACUCAGAGCAACACCCAUUAAAGGGCUUGGGUUCUGCUGAGCCAAAACGGAAACCUUUCCAGAUGGGGAAUUAUGCUACAAGCCACAUUGCGGCAUUGGCAGCCCAACACACCCAUGGCCCUAGAGGCGAGGAAGAGUGCAAGCAGAUGUACCUGGACACUACAAGCAUGCACAGGCCAGUGGGCAGCGGUGGAAGUCCAGAGGGUCAUGGGGAAGUGUCGGCAAUGCAAAGUCUCAUCAAGUACAGUGGCAACUUCUCUAGCGAGUCUGGCUCCAGGCAUGGUUCUGAUAGCUGCAGUCCAUUUGGAGGGCUGGGCAGCAUGAAGCUGGAGGCUAGUUAUCCCGGAGUAACCAGAGUUCAGCACCUUCCACCCCAACAGCCUGGAAAACAGCUAAAGAAGGAACCUGAGAGACCAGAGAGUGCCAAAUCCUUUGGCAGAGAUGGAAGCUCUUCUCAGGGGGAAACAGAGAUUCGGCAUCCCCCAGUGGGCAUCGCAGUGGCGGUUGCUCGUCAGAGGGACAACGGCAGCAAAUCCGGUUCAAUAUCCGACAGGGACCGGCCUAUUCUUGGAGGAAACAUCAAAGGCCCAAUCCAUGUAGAAGAGGAACAUGGAGAUGAGAGGAUGCGUCACCGCAAUGAACGUUUACUAUCGGGACGCUUGGAGCGUGAGCAGGAGAAGGUUUUAAGAGAGAGCAAAGAGUUGGCAGAAUACACUCAGUUGCAUCCACCAAUGGUGUCUGCUAGUGGACUGAACCCCAACCUGAUGGUGACUGGAGGACCGACUCUGGCUGGUGCAGGCCGCUGGCCUGCUGACCCCACCUCCCACUUGGCCUCCCACCCCUGGCUGCCACGCCCUGGAGCCCCCUCCAUGUGGCUUUCUGGCUCUCCAUAUGGACUGGGCACCCCCUCACUUCAUCAGGGCCUGCCUCCAGGAUAUCCUUCUGCCUUAACAGGCUCCAUUCCACCACCAUACCAGUUGGCUCGAGACCCACAAACUGGACAGCUGGUUGUUUUUCCCACUGAGCAUCUGCCACACUAUGCUGACAUGCUAGAACGAGGCCCCCCGCUGUGGUCAGCAAUGUACCCGCCAGCAGGAAGCUCUCUGCAGCACGCCCAUCAGCUGCAGCUCCUCUCCCACCAGCAGCUCCUGCGCCAACAGGAGCUCUACAUGAUCCAGCACCAGACCGCACAGGUCAUGGAACUGCAGAGGAAUGCACAGUUAGUGGAGAGACUAAAUGCAAGUCAACCGAGGGCACAUUUGGAGGAAAAACCAGACAAGAGAGGAACUGAGGGGACCAAAGCCGCUCCAUCAAUUCACUCACGCAAGCCUCACUUGCGCUCCCCGACCCCCUCCACGUCUUACAGCAAAACCCUCACACCCCUACCUGUCAAGCCGCUGCCUUCACCUGUCACUGCACUGAAGUCUGAGGAGAGACCCAAGGUGGAGAAGUCUCUUUCUCAGCAGUCCUACUCACACCCGCCGUCUCCUGCUCCACACCCGGUCAGCCCUGUUUCUGCCUCGCCCUCUCCUACCUCCCCCAUCCAGCCCAAAGAAGAGACUGUAGAAGUGCCUGAGAAAGAAUCACUUAAUCUACAGAAGCAAGCUUCUGCUUCCUUCCCAUCCAUGUACCCUGAAAUUCCUCCCGGCUACCCAUACCAAUCAAUAACAACUCCAUUCGGCAGCCAUUACCCAUUCCUCCUUCAACCGGCUGCUGCUGCAGACGCUGAUGGCCUGGCACCAGAUGUGCCGUUGCCUGCAGAGACCUCGGAGCACUUGGUGAGCGCUGCAGAUGUCAAGCCUCUGCACUUGUGUUCUCCAGUGGUGGUGGAGCCACUGCAGGCUGCCAGAGAUCCAGAGACCAUGGAGGAGAGCAGCGAACAAUUAAAAAAAGAGCCAAGCCUUGAGGACAACAAAGAUACCCUUACCGAGGAUGUCCUGAGACCCCUCCACUCAGUUAGUGGUGCUAUAUCCAUCAACACUCAAGGCUCUAGCAAUCCCAUAGAGGCCGAGGCCCACCCUAGAUCCAGAGCUGAGAAUGAAGAAGAACAGGAAGGAAAGGAGGCCAUCAAAGUCGAAGUGACCUCCUCAAGCCAUCCAGAGUUGUAUAACACAUCAAGCCCAGACUCUGAAAGAAUCAUUACAGCAGAAGCUGCAGAAUGCUCAAUCGGUCUUGUAGACCGAGCCUACCAAACCUCAUCGAGUUACGUUACUGUGUCUUGUGACAUCCAGCCAGCAAACCCGCCCAUAGAUCUUUCUGAUAGACUGAAACCGGUAGAGCUCCAGGAACCUGCCCCUGAUGCUCUUGACCUGGUGUCCAAACAUGACAAUCUAUUCCUGCCAAACCACAGCCCUCCUCACCUUCAGCCCUCUUCCCCACCAGUGCCCAUCCUACCUGACGACCCCAUGGCAGGCUUGAUUGCCCUGGUCACUGCCAGUGAGCUCCCGCAGGCUGGACCUGUGUGUAUUCUUUCAGAGGUGUCUAGCUCUAGAUCUGAGCUCUGCCCGGGUGUCAGUCCACUAGAGUCCACUGCUCUGGAGGGCAUGGCCCUGCUCAGCCAGAUUGCAGAGCUGGAGAUGCAGAGGCAGCCCAGCGAUGACACACAGGGCGUAAUACACUGUGGGCUGGACAGUCUGCUCGAAGCUGCCAGGCAGGUCCUCCUGAAGGCCGUCGAAUGUCAACCUGAGGUUAUCAUCCGCCUCCCACGAGAGCUCAAACCGAACAAGAAAUACAGCUGGAGACAGAAUAAAGAUGAACCUAUGUUCUCCAAGUCUUCUUUGGGGGCAAUGGAUGCUGUGGAAGUGGACUACCGCAUGAGACUCACCGAGCUGCAGCAGCGCUACAAAGAAAAGCAACAAGAGCUGGGCAAACUGCAGAGACGGAAAGACAAAUCAGAGAAAGAUCAGCAGCAUCAACAGUUCCAGCAGCAGGAGAGGAACAGGAGUUUGGCCCGCAGGGGCCCGGGACGGCCUCGAAAGAGGAAACAUGGCUUGUGCGCACUGUCUCCACCCUCCAGCAAGCUGGAUUCGAAGUGUGCAAAGUUGGGCAGAAGCAUGCUGUACUCUGAGGACUCUGAGAGUGGCGAGGUGCUAAGGAAGCGCUUUCGGGCCUCUAAUAGAGAUGAGGAGGAGGAGGAGGAAGAUAGCAAGGCAUUGAGAUUGAAGAAGAAAAAGAGCUGGAGUGAGCAUGAGGCAUCUUCAAGCUUCUCUCACGAGAUGCCUAAAAUGGGCAUGAAGAAGAGCAGAGUGAGCGAGCAGGAGCAGUUGGCAUCCAAACUCGACAAGGCCUUGUCCCUCACUAAGCUGAGUAAACUCAGCAAGCCCUCUUGUAAAUUUGUAGACGGUUCCUCAGGGAAGUCCAGGGCGGCCUCUGGAAGCAGGAUCUCAUUAUUUACUGACAUAGACAUGAGACUCAAGAAUGAGAAAUCAAGCCUGUCAAAAGAUUUUGGCAUUUUUCGCAAGUCUUCCAAAGGAGGUAAAAGUAAAAUGGCCACCAAAACGAAGCCUUCAGAUCCAUGCCUUAAAGGGAAAGGCCAGCAGAAAGCACCUUAUUCUCCACUGAGGUCAGAAAUCAGCAGCUAUUCAAACAACACAGAUUCAGAAGAGGACGAAUCACUGAAGGAUGGAUGGCCUCCCAGCUCCAUGCUGGGGAGAAUAGUCCCACGUCCACAUCUCCCCGGCCCGUGCAGCACUCCAUCCAAGAAAAAGCGCUCGUCGACCAAGAGAGUCUCUUCAUCUUUGUCAUCAUCACUUAAGUCCAAGCAGGCGGCCAAAGAGAGGAAACAUAAGCACUUUGCUUUAUUGCUACAGGAGGCAGGAGUCAGCUCCUCCGAGGACUCAUUUGACCAAGAAUAUUUCACCGAGGGGGAUGAUUAUGAGGAUGAUGAUGACGAUGAAGAGGAUGAGUAUGAUUAUGAGCUUGAUGAGAGUGAUGGGCUGUGUUCAUCAUCCAUAGAAGAGAGUGGGCUUGGUCUACUGGCACGCUUUGCCGCGAGUGCCAUCCCGAGCCCCAUUGUCACCAAUCCACUCUCCAUUGUCCAGCUGGAGGCCAAACAGAAAGCCAAGAAGAAAGAGGAAAGGCAGAGCCUUCUUGGUACAGAAUUCGAGUUCACUGAUUCCGAGAGCGAUGUUAAGUCAAGAAAGAAGUAUCCAUCUCUGUUGCAUGGUAAGCGGUCUGCUCCCGAGCUCCCUCAUCUACCACCGGCGAGUGUCAUGUGUGACGAGUCCAGCCCCAGCAAGCGUGGCCGCAAGCCAAAGAAACUCAAGUCUCGCCGGGAGUUAACUUUCGACCUUACUGCAGACGGAAGCGAAGACGAACAGUGGACACGUCGGAGGAGUGAACGGAUCUUCCUCCAUGAUGCCGCCCAGUCCAAUCCUAUCUCCCCGUCCAACAAAACUCCUCUUCCGCUCACUCCUAAACCUGCCCGGGGGCCCAAACCAUCCCUGCAGAGCCACAAGGAGCUGGCCAAAGCCAAGGAGGUGAAAGACCCCAACAAGAAGAAGAGGAUUAAGGAGACUCCCCUGUGUCUGCCCCCACCACAGCUCUCUAGUACACCCACUGAGCAUGCAGCAGCACUCCCUUUCAGUCCAGGGCACAAGAGCAAGUUGAAGGCCAAAGCUAGAGAGGCUCGAUGGAAGGGCGGUGCUGUCAGUAAAUUGAUGGAAAGUAUGGCUGCUGAUGAGGACUUUGAGCACAACCAGGACAGCAGCUUCUCAGAAGACGAGAAUCCUUCCAUGAGCGCUCCGCCUGAAAGACCCUGCACCCCUGCCCCCCGGAACUGUGUCAUUAACAAAGAUGAACUGCAGGAUGGAUUACGAGUCCUCAUCCCUAUGGAUGACAAACUCCUGUAUGCCGGACACGUCAGCACAGUUCACUCUCCUGACAUAUACAGUGUGGUGGUGGAGGGCGAGAGGGGGAACAGGCCACAUAUCUACUGCCUGGAGCAGCUGCUACAGGAGGCGAUUAGUGAUGUGAAACCCCCCUCCAUCAGAUACCUUCCCCAAGGGACCAGGAUUGCAGCCUACUGGAGCCAGCAGUACCGUUGCCUCUACCCUGGCACUGUUGUAAGAGGGAGUCCAGACAUGGAAGAAGUGGACGACUUGAUCACAGUGGAGUUUGACGAUGGAGACACUGGACGGAUCCCACUCUCGCAUAUUAGGUUGCUGCCGCCGGACUACAAGAUUCAGUGUGCAGAACCAUCCCCUGCCCUCCUUGUAGCCAGCACUAGAAGACGAGGAAGGAAGUGCAGUAAGGAUGUCCCUGAGGGCAAAGAGACGCCUCCCAAAAACACAGAGUCUACUCCAAAAAGUAGGGGUCGAGGGAGAAAACCAAAACCAAAGCCUGAGCCUGAAGUUGCUCCAAAGGAGCAUGAAAAGACUGAUACACCGGCCCCAACACAGGUCCCCAAGAGGCCCCUGUCCAGUCAAAAAAGCAGCCCACGGCCAGGUAGAAAAAUUAAGCUAGUUGGCACAGCCGGCUCCUCCAUCCCCAUAUCUAAUGAAAGCCAGAAGAGAACCACAGGAAUCAAGCCCCCAGCUAAAGUGCGUUCCCAGCCACAGUCUGUCUACUCUCCACAGCUCUAUGGAAAAGUUUUGUCUGUGGAUCUCUAUAAUGAGCCCUCCACUUCUCUGGCAUCCUUUAUUUCCAACGAGACAGCGAGUCCCACAGGGAAAGGAAAGCCAGUCAAGCGUUUGCGAAAGGCAGAGGAGGAGACAUCAGGGUUUGGUGUAAAAAUGCAUCGCAAGCAACCUCAAUCUGAGAUCUUGAUCAAGCUUGACCAUGAAGGAGUCAUGUCACCCAAAACCAAGAAGACCAAAGCCUUGAUGAUGAUGGAGGGACAGAACCUCGCCAAACGAGAGAAUAAGUCAGUGAUUGGCAUCAGCUACACUACAGUAUCCGCCACCACUGAUAAAUCAUUGAAAGCGAAGACCAAGCCGGUUGAUGCAGAGCCCCUUAUUGCAGAAAGCAUGUCCACCUAUUGCGUUCGUAAGCUGGGGAGUGGCAGUGAUGGACUGAUGAAGGUGAGCAAAUCUGUGGAAAAGGGAAAGAAGAAACUAGAGUGUCCCAACUGCAGUAGUAGUAGUAGCAGCAGCAGCUCUGAAUCGGAUGGAGAAGAGGAGCAUGGGGCCUCCCAGGAAAAGAAGCCCAAACAAGACUCCAACAGCUCACGGGCAUCAAGCCACACCUCCUCCAGCUCUUCAACCAGCAGCUCCUCAUCCUCAGCCGGAUCCCACUCUUCCUCCUCAUCUUCAUCCUCCACCACCACCAGUGAUGAAGAAUCUUCCUGCAGCUCAGAUGAAGAACAUGUCACUGUUUCUCAACCAUCUCCUCCUUUGGAGGAGGUGCCACCUCAAGAGGAGGAAGAAAAUACAAAGGCAAAAACGGGGCCUUCAGCCAACAUCCAUAAGCUCCAGAAGCAGCAUGCUUCUUCCAGCCAACAGCAUCACCAGCAACAAAAGCCCCAGAAGCAGCAGAAGGUGAAGCAGGGUGUUGGUCGCCCUAAAAGACGUGAGGGAAUCCAUCUCCCAACAACUAAGGAGCUGGCAAAACGACAAAGGCUACCCUCUGUAGAGAACAGACCCAAGAUCUCUGCUUUCCUUCCUGCCAGACAGCUGUGGAAGUGGUUUGGAAAGCCUACACAGAGGCGGGGAAUGAAAGGGAAGGCAAAGAAGCUUUUUUACAAGGCCAUAAUGCGUGGGAAGGAAAUGAUCCGUAUUGGAGACUGCGCUGUGUUCCUGUCUGCUGGACGACCGAACCUCCCCUUCAUUGGACACAUCCAGAGCAUGUGGGAGUCCUGGGGAAGCAACAUGGUGGUCCGGGUCAAAUGGUUCUAUCAUCCCGAGGAAACCAACCCUGGAAAGAAACUUAAUGAUAAAAAGAACUGGGAUCAAAUGUCUGGCCAAAGUCUUCCUGCUGUUCUGCAAGCUUCCAACCAGAGAAAAGACUUCAUGGAGCGGGCGCUCUACCAGUCAUCUCACAUUGAUGAGAAUGAUGUUCAAACCAUUUCUCAUAAAUGUCUGGUAGUCAGCAUUGAGCAAUAUGAGCAGAUGAUUAAAACAAAGAAGUACCAGGACAGUGAAGACCUCUACUACCUGGCAGGCAUUUAUGAACCUACCACUGGAAUGAUAUUCAACACGGAUGGGGUUCCCGUCAUUUGCUGAGGAGCAACAAAUUAUGAAAUAUGUGGAACUAAGGAAUAAGAUACCAGACACAAGGGCUAGACAGAUUUGUUGGCUUUAUGCAAAGUCCAGCUCAUCCAACAAGUAUGGAAAAUGUUCUAACAAAGACACAAACACUCACAACUGAGAUCAGAGUCACUAUCUGACUGAAGGCUACGUUAACAGAUGUCAUACCUAUAACAUUCAUGUGAUGCUUUAUGUUUUCAAGUCAAUGGUAACUUGGAAUUUCUCAGUAUUGUAGAAAUUAUGUAAAACCUAUUCGGAAUUCGACGUAUACUUCUUUCCCGUUAAUGGAGCACCUUGUGUUGUCCACUCUUACUUGAUCCGUUGACUUGAAUGUGAUGGACAAAUUAUGUCUUUGGACUUCUGCAGUUAAGGAAUCUCCGUUUAAGAAAGCGAAGAGGAAAAUGUAACAAAGAAACUGAAAACAUAUCCAAAAUGUCUUUUUAAGGUCAACUGCAUCUGCACCGCUGCACCCUUUCGUCUCGUCCGUCACCAGUGCCACUGGAUGGAGAUGACUCUACUUUUGCUGCACUAAGUCUCCAGGGUAAGAAACGUGUUUGGAACCAGCUUUCUUGGCCCUGGGAACAAUGCAUGGAAAGAGUCAUUUAAGCUGACAGGGCAUGUCACACUUGCAGUUCCUAUCUGCCCAGAGAGCCAUCUCAACCACAUGCUCUGUUGUCCAGUGUACUACUACUAAGACCCCUGCAAGUACUCAAAGGGACAAGGGCUGGCUAAUGAACUUGGACAAGUAAAAUAACAACAGACUUUUAGCUGAGGCCCACAUGAGGAGUACUUAUAAAAAAAUAAAAAUAAAAAAAAAGGUCUCCCCACGUCCUCAUGACCCAAAGACAGAACUAUGGUCUGCAAGCCUGCAAGAACUGUUUAUUCAAUGGAAAAAGUGAGUCACAUUUCCAACCAAGCAGCCCGAAAGAUCUAUCUGAAUAUUUAUACUAUACUAUCCCUCAGCCACGGAGGCCAGAAAGGUAUCUUUUAAUGAGUCAAGGGCUCUACAGGGACAGUUGAUUCAGAGACAUCAUGCAGAUGACCCUGUUUGUAAAAACAUGCAUACACGCUAUAUACGAUAUGGACAAAUAUAUUUUAUUUUCGUGUACCAUAGUUUUAUGUGACAGUACUUUUUUUAAACCAGAAAAAGAAGAAAAAAGCUUUAAUUAAACUGUGAAUAAAAUGUAAGACAACAAAUAUCAGGAACUAGUUUAUGCGCAAAGACCUUGUAAGUUGUUUCUGGAACCUUUCUCAGAUGCCCACUACAUUGACGACAUAUGUAAUGUAAUCGUGAUAUCAAAAUAACUAUUACAGGACAAAUUGUUGGUGGGAUUCAGUUGUCCCAUAAUGCAGUUUUACAACAGAAAGCACUUAAAUUCUGCCCUUGAUCUUACACAGGACAGACUUCCCUCGACAAUCCCCUGCGCAGGUGGGCGGGGAAAACAUUUCUGUUCUCUCAUUGCUUCUCGGGGUCAGUGAGAGAUAUUGAGAUGAAGAAUGACAAUUUUCAAAGCACCGUAUAAUCAGUCUAUGCUCGCUUUUUGUAUCUGUUGUACUUGGCUUUUAUCCCAAAUCUUCCCCACAGAAUUAUCCCAAAUCUUCCCACAGAAAGCAAUUACAUCUCAUGCAUGAAAGCACUUUCUUAGAAUAAACAAAUAGCUGAGCAGGUCAGAGCAAGGCACAAGGUGACGUUAUCUGUUAGUGAAAGCUGAAAGCUGAGGUAAUUUUGUCUUUCUAAAUAUAAUUUUUUUUCUUCUGGUUCAUGGCCUUAAUAGCCUUAACCCUGGUCCCUAAAGGCUGCUGCAUGCUGGCAGAGUGUUGUAUUUGAAAAUAGGUCCCACUGAUUGAUAUAUACAAAGAAUGUGCCAUCAGUCAUCAGAGGCUUUGGCAUGCUGUUAGGACCAGGCUAUGUAUUCGCUGCUUCUCUAAUCAAGACCAGUCAAAUGUAUUUGAUUUAUGGCUUCAUUGUAUGCUGAUCUGGCUGAAAACACUGUUUUUAAGCCUUGCAAACACCUUGUUAUCUUAAUUGUGAUAAUGAUUCAUUAUCUGUGCCUCAUUUAUAUGGUUCAACAGAAGUAUGAUUGUCUCUCCUUUUUUUAGAUUGGAGACGUAUUUGGCGAAUACGUGUUUUGUUAGAUGCUAGGAAGGAAAGUGUUCUUGUGCAUUUGUCAUGUCUUUUAGACAGAUACUUUUAAACAACAAUUAUUAUAUCUGCAUUGAUUUUUAUAAACAUGUAGUUUACAGGAUAUAUUCAAAACACAAGUUUAUUAGCUGCAUUUGAUUAGAAAUUUCUGCAGUUGCCUUCCAGUUCAGUCUCCAUCUUUAUUUUUUAUUUUUUUCAUUAUAUCCAGCCAAAUUUUUCUACCUCCCACUUUGGUAUCAUGUUUUCAUUUGAAAGUUUCUCUUAGUGGUAUUUUUACACUCAUGAAAUGUCACCAUGCAUAGACUUUUUAAAUCAUGACCUGUUUUUAAGUUUAUGAAUACCCCAAAUGACUCUUCCUGAUUCUUUGUUGCUUUGUUUUUAUUUUUCCCCCAUUUUUGAGGGAGUAUAGAGAGAUCAAGAAGGGUAUGGACACUAGAUACUUCCAGUCUUAGUUAUUGGGAAAAUAUUCUGCCUACUCCAUAUUUAAGAAAUACUUCUGUAUUUUAGAAAUGUGUUGACACUAUUAUAGAUAGAAUAACGGUAAUAAUUGAAAUGUCUGGAUUAUUAUUUUUUUUUUUUCAUGUGCAUUUCAUAACAUUGCCCAGUCUCUCUUAAAGAGAUGAUAUCUUGUUGAUAUUCAAUAGGUUGUAUUUCUUACCAUGUUUUAUCAUUGUGUGGGGUCUUGAGGUUUUGAACAAUAUUCAGCAUAUUCUGUUUGACCGUUUAAUCACCUAAUUUGGUUGAGAAUUUUACACGUACCCAAAGCCUAUUUGAAUGCCAAAUAAUCUUAAAAUGCACAUAGAAUCUGACACAACUUUACACAAACUGAUUUGAUUUGACAUGGAUUUGAAUACAGAAUUUAUUUUGUGUUGAACAUUUGCUUGUUUAUAGAGUUGUACAAUUUAAGUGCCCCUCAAAACAAACGUUUACUCGGAGCUUGAGUCAAGCUGUAAAGCACUUUUUAGAGUAUUUUUGUCUGCAUGUUUUAGAAAUAGCAUAUAUGCUUCUAGAAAUAAUAUUAGAGCAAUCAACUAAAAAUAUAUAUUUUGCUUAUUGUGACGUAGUGUAAAGUGAAUGGAGAUCAGAGUCUAUCCCUUUCCCCAUCAGGUCACUGUAUGAGUCAGUGGCCUCUGCUGGUAGCAUUCAUGAGGGAUGAAUUGGUGAUGUCCUCUGCUACUUGUCCAGGAUCCGUUUUAAGUGUCUCUUAUGAUGUGUAAGGUUUAACUGGCAUAUUAGAGAAAACCAUGUAUAGUCUAGUAGAUGCUUAAUAGAGCUCACUAUUUGCAUGAUUUUUAUUUUUGUAAAUCAUUGUUUUCUUUCUUUAUGACAUUCCCCCUCUCAGAGCAAUCGUCCUCCAUGCUUAAUGUGCAAUACUGCUGAAUUUGGAUUCUGUGAGGUAGCUGCUAGUGAGGGAAGGAUCAUGAUCAUGAAUGUGGGAGAUGAUAGAAAGUUAUUGUGGACUGGAGGCUGGUCCUUCACUGGUCUUCAUCAGCUGUUCCUUCAGCAUUGGUAAGGUCCUGUUACAAAAAAAAAAGAAUAAUAAUAAAAUGUUAAAAAGCUAUAGUUUUGAAAUUAUUUGAAAUUUUAAAGGUUCAUCAAGGUUUUGUAAAUGGUUCUUUUAUGAGAGGGGGAGAUAAGUAUGGAGAUACUUUGUACACACAUUUAAUCUUGUAAAAAAAAAUACAAAAUAAAUUUCUAAAAAACUGAAA